AGAUUACAGUAAGUCAAUUGUAGCAAAAUUUGAACUGAAAACUGGGGUGAAAUUCUAUGUCAACCAAGAAUUUGAAAUGACAUUAAUCCCGUUAAAGGAAAUUCAAAAAGAAAAAGAAAAACAACUUUACAUUCAAAAAAACGAAAGGUACACCGUGUUUUUGACCCCAAUUCAGCUGUUGAACUUCUCAGAGCCCCAGUCUGUUCCUCAACGAAAUUCAAAAACCCAAAAAACCCUUCUCUUUAAUCAAAAUCUGUGAAAUUUCUCAACUGGGUUCUGUUCUUUUGGGUCGAAAUCCCCGACGAAUACAUAAAAAUUUGAGCUUGAUUGAGAGGUCUAGGUUGUUUCAGACAUGGGAAGUGGAAAAGAAGAAGAAAGGAACGAGAAGAUUAUAAGAGGUCUCAUGAAGCUGCCUCCUAAUCGACGUUGUAUUAACUGCAACAGCUUGGGUCCGCAAUAUGUUUGUACCAACUUUUGGACUUUUGUUUGCACGACGUGCAGUGGGAUACAUCGUGAGUUCACUCAUCGCGUGAAGUCUGUAUCAAUGUCUAAGUUUAGCUCCCAAGAAGUUGAAGCUCUUCAAAAUGGGGGUAAUCAGCGUGCAAGGGAAAUAUAUCUGAAGAACUGGGAUCCACAAGGGCAAAGAUUACCUGAUAGCAGCAAAGUUGAGAAGGUCCGAGAUUUUAUAAAGAUUGUGUAUGUUGAUAGAAGAUAUGCUGGAGGAAAGACUGAGAAACCUCCAAAUGAUACACAGGGCCUAGGAAGUCAUGAAGAUGAGACCAGGCGUGCCAGUUCUUAUCAUUCCUAUUCCCAAAGUCCACCUUAUGAUUAUCAAUAUGAAGAUCGACGUUAUGGAAAGCAAAAUGCUGCACUUACCAGGAAACCUGGUUCAGAUAGAGGCCACUAUGUUGGGAAGAUCUCUAAUUUUGUCUACAGCCCUGGACGGAUGAGUGAUCAAGUGUUUGAGGACAGGUUUGCUAAUGAGGGCUCUGGUUCUAGGGUUUCUGACUUCUCUGUGUCCAGUGGAGGUGAUAUUUUCAGGUCUGGUACAGAGUCUCCUAACUUUGAGAAGAAUAUGGGAUUUAACAGCCCACCUCUUCAGCCUUCGAGGGAUAUUUCAUCCUCCAUGGCAAAUUUCAGGAGAGAUGUAGAUGGCAUUCCACGUCCACAGAGAACAACAUCCUUGGGAAGCGUUGGAUCAUUUGACAGCAACUCUGUGUCUUUGAAGUCAUAUAAUUCAGGUAGCUUUUUAGAUGUUGUCUCAGAACCUGAACAAGCUGCUGGAGCAGCCUGCCACGAUAAAUUAUCUACUGUUGCACAACCCUCUGGUCCAGCAUAUUAUGGUGGCUUGGACCUUUUUCAGGCACCAGUUGUAGAAGAAUCAGCAUCCUCUGCUGCUCCAAUUGAUUUGUUUCAGCUGCCAGUAACAUCAAGUCCUGCGAAUGUCUUCCACGUAUUGCAAACAUCAUCUGCUCCAUCUGUGAAAUUUCAUCAGCCUCCCCAAACUGCUCCAAAAUCUUUAGAUUUCUUUGAUAUUUCUGAUCAGUCUUCCACUUCAACCUUAGAUAUAAAAUCUCAGGAGUUGUCUGAUCCUAAAAACGAAGGAUGGGCAACAUUUGAUACACCACCUACAGCGUCUAUUCGAGGAAAAGAAAGUCUUUCCCCUCCUACAGUUCCUGUUAAGGGUGUUCCUUCAGUCAUAUUUGACCUACUUUCAUCUUUCAAUACAACUUCUCAGCGGCCAGCAAACCUAAAUUCUGGUGCUCAUUCACCCACUCCAUCAUCUGAUCUGUGGCUUGACGGUUUAAACAAUGUUCAAGCUCCCACUAUGGCUGCUAGCACUCAGCAGUCAUGGAAUGCUUUUGAUGAUUGCGCCGGCAAUCUUUCUUUGGAGGGAGUUCAGCAAAAUUUUGAACUGCAAUUAGCAGCUAAUCAGUCUUCAUCAACUACGGAUCAGAAUUUCAGUGACUCUAAUGAUGGUGGAAAUCAGAGAGCUAUCUCUCAACAGGGACUGCAGCUGAUGACUGUACUGUCACAUGCUGACAUGGGGCCAGUAUAUACACCAUCGGUGCUUCCUCUAGUGGGAGAGACACAAGCACAUGCCACUGAUCUUAAAUCAAUAAACCCAUUUGAUUUUCCUUAUGACUCUGAUUUGGAGCAGAAUAAUAUGGUAAUUUGCCUUACUGACCAGUGCUGUGCCAGUUUCUAAAUUUGAUGUGAAGACCACUAGAUUGAUAGAGUAAGGUGCAAACGAUUGAAUCUUCAUUAUCGGAGAUAAGAGGAAGCCAAGGAAGAUUGUUGGCCUUUUUAUGUUCUUGGUGUCAAAAUCUGUUGAAGCAGGUCAUGCUUAACCUUUGAAGUCUUCCAGAUCUGGUCCAAGUUUAGUCCAAAUGCUUCAAUCAAGAUAAUACAAAUCUCCUGCUACGACUUAGGGAGAACACUGCAACACACCACAGACAAUCUCUGAUGCAAUCCACCUGCAACAGUUUAACAGAAACACAACCAAACAGUACAGAAGAAUGCAAAAUUUAUCAGAGAAAUGGAAUGAAGUUUUAUGUUUAUAUGCUGACAACAAUUACACCUCUUAUCACCACUGAACUACCAAUUACACAAUCAAAUAGGAUUCCCAUGAAAAUUGAAUAACCUGACAAUCUUCAGGACCUAGCUUUAUCCCCGCAUGCCAAUUGACCAGUAUACUUAAGCCAUAAGUUAUAUCCAGCCUUCUCUCGUUUUAUCCUCUCUCUCUCUUGUUUUCCUUUCCUUUAACUCCCUGUUGCCCACACACCUCAUUACCUUUUUCAUGCUUCACUCCACAAAUGGUUACAGCUUCCAUCAAUGGUUUGCUGCCAUGUGUAGUUUUAGCCUCUUACUCAUGUUUAUCUUGAUAGGCCUAUUGCAAGCAUUUAAACUAUAUUCCUUUGACAUCAGGAAUCAGUCCUGAUCUCUUUUAUUUAUUAUAAAGUCUUGCUUUUA